UCAGUGCGACCAAUUACAUGAAUCCUAUUGGUCCGUGUGUCACACUCGCGCACCAUGUGGGUGCUAACAACAUCACAAUCUAUACAUAUACAAGUACAAGGCCCUUCAUUGUUUCUGCACUGCUAAUCUGGUUUUUAACCCUUUCCCGGCGUUUCUCACCUCUCCAAUUUCGCGGGAGAAAGAAAUCGGGCUAGGUUUCCUCGUUUUGUUGAUUGAUAAAUUUAAACAAUGGCACAAGCAGUUGAGGAGUGGUACAAGCAGAUGCCCAUCAUUACGCGUUCGUACCUCACAGCUGCCAUUCUCACCACCAUCGGCUGCUCUCUCGAUAUAAUAUCUCCAUAUGAUCUUUAUCUGAACCCGAAGCUUGUAUUGAAGCAAUAUCAAAUCUGGCGCAUCAUGACCAAUUUUCUGUAUUUCCGCAAGUUGGAUUUGGACUUCUUGUUUCACAUGUUCUUUCUAGCUCGAUACUGCAAGCUUCUCGAAGAGAAUACAUUUCGGAGGAAGUCUGCAGAUUUCUUCUACAUGUUGUUGUUUGGCGCAACUGUUUUAACUGGGAUAGUACUUCUUGGAGGAAUGAUCCCUUAUUUCUCAGCGUCAUUUGCUAAGUUUAUAUUCCUUAGCAAUUCCCUAACUUUUAUGAUGGUAUACGUGUGGAGCAAGCAGAACCCAUUCAUUCAUAUGAGCUUUCUGGGCCUUUUUAAUUUCACAGCUGCAUAUCUGCCAUGGGUACUUAUUGGAUUUUCUGUCCUUCUUGGUUCUAGUGCUUGGGUGGAUCUUCUGGGAGUGGUAGCAGGCCAUGCUUACUACUUUCUUGAAGAUGUAUAUCCCAAAAUGACAGGCCGACGACCCCUGAGAACGCCAGCAAUAAUACAAUCAUUAUUUGCUGACGAACCUGUAGUGGCGGCCAGGCCUGCAGCUGUGAGAUUUGCUGCUCCAGCAAUGGACGACGCUCCACCUCGGUGAGAUUCUGAGGCGAUGGUGUGUCUGGUGUUGAGCGAAUGUAUCAACUCGGUUUCAGAUCCCUUGUCAAUAUAGUGUUAGACAUUGUUUGUCUCACAAUUAGCAAAUUAACCCCUAGAGUGGCAAGAUGUUGAGUUUUUAAGGAUGCUCUGCUAUAAAAGAUAUCAAGUUUUAGGAGUAUUUUUAUGUUAUUUAUCUGUAUAUCUCCAUUUUGUGCUCAUGUAAUAUUAAUAAUUUUCUUCCUGGGCC